AUGUAUACAACAGGAAAGGCGGCUGCAGCAGCUGCUGCUGUUUUUGAUGGAUCAGGUGCUUCAGCUGCUGCUGCGGCUGCUGCUGCUGCUGCUGCACCGCGCGCACUCAGAGCAGCAGCACGACACCUCACCUCUGCUGCUGCUGCUGCGACUCUCCCAGCAGCAGAAUCCCAAGCCGCUGCAGCAGCAGGACCGGCAGCAGCGGGGCCAGCAGCAGCAGCAGCAGCAGCAGCAGCAACAGCAGCACGAAAAGAGGCAGCUGAAGGAAAAUUUGAUUCGUCAGCAGCAGCAAACGAAAUAACAAAAGAAAGUGCAGCAGACGCACUGGCAGUCGUUAGAAAACUCAUAACUCGACAGCAGCAGCAGCAGCAGCAGCAGCAGCAGCAACAGCAGCAGCAGCAGCAGCAACAAGAGCAGCAGAGUGCAUGCACCCGCGGUCCCUUGGACCUGCAGCUCGAGGCUGCAGAACUGCUGAGGCAGCUCGCGCACCCGCUAGCAGCAGCAGCAGCAGCAGCAGCACCAGACGCAGCAGCAGCAGCAGCAGCAGAUCCCGGAGCAGCAGCAGCAGCAGAAACAGCAGCAGCAGCAGCAGCAGCGUCCGUCUCUGCUGCAGCAAAAUGGCAAUACGAAGAAUCUGCUGCAGUUGAUUUGCUUCUCAGAGUUGCCUGCUGCGAUCCAGCAGCAGCAGCAGCAGCAAAAGCAGCAGCAGCAACAGCAGCAGCAGCAGCAGCAACAGCAGCAGCAGAAGGGCAAUGCAGCACCACUCCUUCUAUACUGAAGGAUGGAGAAGGCGUUGCUGCUGUGCUGCUGCUGCUGCAGCAGCUGCUGCAUUCGCGUUGGCUGCCGCAUCCACAGUUGCUGCUGCUGCUGCAGCAGCAGCUACCCCUGCUGCUGCAGCAGAUAGAGCAGCAACCGCUGAGGUGUAUCUGCAGCUUCCUGCUGCUGCAGCUGCUGGCGGAGGCGCGGGUGGGGCUGCUGCAGCCGCAGCAGUUCGAUGCCUUGGUCUUGCUGCUGCUGCAGCAGCAGCAAAUCCUUACCAGCAGCAGCAGCAACAGCAGCAACAGCAGCAGAAACAGCAGCAGCAGCAGCAGCAGCAGCGGGAGUUUAAGCUGCUGCUGGAGAAGAGCAGCAGCAGAACCACCGGCUCAGACCUCAGCAGCAGCAGCCCUCCAUUUGCUGCUCUGCGACCGACUACAGCAGCAGCAGCAGCAGCAGCAGCAGCAAGGGUUCGAGCAGCAGCAGCAGCAGCAGCAGCAGCAGACAGCAACGCAGCAGGUGCCGCAGUGGCAGCAGCGGGCAAAUGUUUUGCUGCAUCGGCUGCUGCAGCAGCAGCAGAAGCACUGCACCCACAGCAGCAGCAGCAGCGCAGAUAUAGAAUGCAGACUGUGGACGCAUGCGCUGCUGCAGCUGGCGGGGGGCCCCUCGUGGCAGCUGCCUGGAGCAGCAGCAGCAGCAGCAGAUGCUGCAGCAACAGAAGCCGAAGCAGCAGCAGCAGCAGCAGCAACGGCGCCAGAAGAGCCUCUGCAGCAGUUCCUGCGGGGCUUAGAAAAGAAGCAGCAGCAGCAGCAGCAGCAGCAAGAGCUGCAGCAGCCUCUGCAGCAGUUCCUGCGGGGCUUAGAAAAGAAGCAGCAGCAGCAGCAGCAGCAGCAAGAGCUGCUGCAGCAGCAGCAGCAGCAGCAGCAGCAGCAGACUGCAGCAACUGCAGCAACAGCAAGCCCCCUGCAGCAGUCGCUCGAUAAGCAACACCUCGAUGCCAUAGUGGCUGCUCUGAACCUUAAAGACGGCAACAACUUCUCCACGCAAACCCUCAGGUUUGGCUUGACGGCCCCGCUGGCUCUGAAGGACUGCGGCAUAUGCGUGGAGGUCGCCACAGACGAAGAUGUUUUUAUAAACCGCCGGACGCGCCUCAGAGCUAAGAUGGCCCUGUCAGUCUAA